UUUAGAUCACCUGGAUUUCGUCAACAAAACAGACCAGCACCCCGUCAUGGAGCAAGACGACUUGCGAGAGCAUCUAGCGGGUGCCAAAAAACUAGUUGACUUUGUCACGCCGCAGAAGCUGGCGGUGAUUGCGCUGCUGCAGGUGUACUGCGAGUUCUCUGUGAGGAGCGAGCAUCGAUGUCGUGUGCUGCGAACGAUUAUGAAUUAUAUCUGCCCGACGUCGCUUAGUCUUAUGUUUAAGGAUCUUGGUGAGAUUCAGAAGGAUUUUAAAGGGUGUCAGGAUCAUGCUGGGCGGGAUUUCUUUGCCGUGUAUAUGGCUCAUCUCGCGGAAAUUGAAGAAAUCGAGGACAUGCACUUUUACUUUGAAGGGCUUAAUGUCGAUUUCUUCAAACCAGACGAUGGUUCUCCUCCUCUGGUCUCGCCAAACUCAUUAAUAGGCUCCUUCCUCCGCCGCUGUUAUCUGGAGUAUCAGGAGAUGACGUUUGAGGAUCGUCAGGUUUUGUGGGAAGGGUUCCUGCGGUUGCAGAAGCGGCAGGUGAAGUCAUUGGCGAAGAAUAUCGAGGCGUUCAGUCGAAGGUUGGAAGGUACGAACGUGGGCGGGACUGUUGCGACUGAAGACUCUGGUUCUCUGCUUGCUGUCGAUGAUAUGAUGCGCAUAUUUGAAUGCUUGAUGCAGUACAUGCAUGAGCACGGAACACAUCUGUCAUUCUCCAUGCUCGAGACUCUCGAAUACGCAAUCUACUCGACCGGCAAGCGCCCAUCAGCAAUCUACUACGUCAAAUUCCUCCACGCCUGGCGCAUAGGCGACUACCGACAAGCAAACGAAUACAUUCGAAGUUACUUUGACUUUGCGAAUAUCAAAGACCAGAAAGCGCGUCAUCAGUACGCGUUGCUCAAUCUGGCCAUGAUGCAGGCUGAGUUUGGAUGCCAUGAUGAGGCGGUCGGAGCGAUCCAGGAAGCUAUACGCACCGCGCGAGAGUUUCGGGACACGCCGUGUCUUAAUUUCUGUCUGUCGUGGGUGACGAUGAUGCAGGCUGAGUUGCCGUUGCUGUAUUCCAGUAUCGCUACCGAUGACGAGAACACGUCGAAUUAUUUGAAAGCAAAGACGCAAGAGUGCGGCAUGGUUGAUUUACAUUCUUCGGUUUAUCUGGCGGAUAUGCGGACGCUGAUGGCGGAAGGGGCGUCUCCUGUCGAGGUAAUUGAGGCGGUUGAGAAGAGCAUGCUCAUCCUGUCGACAGUCUGUAUGCCUCCCGCGAUAGAGACUCUCUACAGUACCAAAGCUGCUCUGUGGGCCAGGCUCGGUAUCGAGCCGCUGUCGAUGUUUUAUGAAGAAGCCGGCGCCAAGAUCUUUGACUCUAGCAAAAUAUUCAGCGAGUCGGUGAUAAAAGCUAGACUUCGAAAAGCCUACGGCGAUACAUUAAGAGGUGACCACCGGGAUGCUCUAGAUACAUAUGCAGCUCUGAGAGAUGUCGCGUGUAUGAGUCGCUGGACAAAGGCUCGCUGGCUUAUGUUUACCCAGCUCACGAAUUUGCGGAUCGCAGUUCGACAACAGUGGAUUUCUGAAGCGAAUCAUUUCUUCCAGCUGUUGCAGAAAACAGAGUUGAGUGACAGCGAUGUCACGCUUGAGCUUUCGAUGGUGUUUACCGAGUACUAUAUGUUGACUGAAAACACCGAGCUUGCUGUUUCUGAGAUCACAAGGAAUUUGGAGUCUGCGAUUUUCAAAAGCGCCGAUCUGCACACGCAGCUCAGGUAUCAAAUUGCCUAUGCGGAACUGAUGUGCAAGAUAGGACACCACUACCGAGGUUAUUCGUUGAUGAUGCGAGUGGUAGCUGUCGCAGAGCGCAACUGUAUCUUACCCUGCAUGGUCAGCGCGAUCCUGGUUCUCUGCAUGAUCUUCAUAUCGUCCCGGCAGUUUGACUCUGUCCUUGCAAUCAUGGACACGGUCUUUCCAUUCGCAAUCAUGGGCAAAGACUAUGACUCGCUGGCUCGCGCGUUCCACCUCACUUUUGUCGCCAUGGUCGGCGCAAACGACCUCUGCGCGGAAAAACUCGCGCGAAGUAGCGGUAAACAAAGGGAGGAUAUGCUGCAGAAACUAGCCCAUAGCGUCAAAUACGCCCACUGCGCGUUUCUGCUCUACAACGGACAUGGUCGUGUUGAGCUUGCAAACGAAGUAUCGGCAUCUCUGGCUUUGCUUUCGGAUCUGCUCGGUGAAAACUACAAAAGCGAACGCGACAAGUAUGUGAGCGAGUUCUUUAGCUCGCUGCCUGAAUUGAAGCCCGUCACGGCAAAUCUCGAGACGUCGGUUUUUUACGAUGAACGCCAUAAGAGAAUUUGAGAGUUGUUUUUCUUUGUCUUUUCCUAGUUUUUUGCAUAUGCAUGGCGUUUUUCUAUAUCAGUUAUGGGAUUGUAUUUUAGAUAGCAGUUUGUACUGUGUUACCACGAAAAAUUGAGGUCUACAUUCGGAGAGAACACUUUAGUACCUGAUGGU